AUGUCGGAUUUUAAUAUUGUUGACGAUUUGGCAGAAGAAUUGGGUAACUUUAUCGACGAUACGUUUGUUGAAGAGUCCUCAAAUACAGGAGUAAACGAGGACAUAAGGAAGGGAGCUGGGGACAAGUAUCAGUCGUCACAGCUAGAAGAUGAGUUGGAAGGCUCAUUGGUUGGCAUAAACACAAACGCAAGCGACUUCACAGAAGCAAGCGGAUCGCACGUGGAAGAUGGCUUUAAGGUGAAGCAGCUGGAGAAGAGGUACCGCCAAGAACCAAAGCAGUUUAAUCUGAAACAGGCUGAAAUGCCGGAGAAUGACGACAUUGAACUGGGAAGAAAUUUGGCAAAGAGAGGAGUGUUUUCAGCAGACGAGUUGACUGACGAAAACCUGUUUAGCACAGCAUUGAGGCCCCAGGAUUUCCAAAGAAACAGACGCUUCCAACAAACUGACGUAAACCUGAAGGAGUUGAACGACCCAGGGCUCUCAGAUAAGCACUGCGUCCUGAGGCUGCCGGAGUACGCAGCGAAGAUUGUUAAAAAGAGAAUGGAAUUAGGAGAACCCCUGGGAAUGAAGGUGGCGCCGACGGGCAGAUACGACUUCAGAGAAUAUAAGAUAACUAUAAAUGGACUUGGCAGGCCACUGUACGGAGUACUGGGGGAACUGCCCUGCAUAGUGGAGGCGCACAAAACACUCAACAACGACCUGCUGUUUAAAUCGGCAGACAUAUCGCAGCUGAUGAUCGCAUACGAAAAGAAAGAGUCGGAAAAAGUAAUAGAGGUACUGAAGGAAAAAAUGUGGGAGUGGCCGGACGGAUUGACAGAAGGAACGGAGAACAUAAGAAGAAGGAGGUUCAAGGAAAAGGACGAGUUCACGAGCGAGGAGGUGAAGGAGGCGGAGCGCGAGUCGCUGGUCCUGAUGAACGGCCUGAUGAGGGACACGUACCACUUCGAAAUAAAGACGACGCAGGAGGUAAACGACCUGGUGCAGAACUACAGGAACGGAAACAUAAAGGAGAGGGUGAUAGGGCCCGACGAGGACGUGUCGGUGUACAUAAGGGCCCUGGAGGAGCAGGAGACGGAGGACAUGCCGGACCUAUCGGAAAUCAUGUUCGACACCGAGAUGAGCUCGAUACCGAACAGAUUUGUGUACAACAACAUCAAAAAUAUGUGUAUGGUACAUGUACAUUCAAUGUUGCGGUCUGUUCUGCCGAUUAGAUCUCAUGGUUUGCACAAUAAUUGCAACAAUGAAGGGAAACAGAAGGGGAAAGAGGCUCAAAAAGAAAUGAAGAAGAGCCCUAAUAUAUUUUACAGAGGUCUUAUUUAG